UUUGAGCUUCAUCAGUCAGCGGCGGUCACAGCCAUGGUAGAGGGGAAACCAUAUCGGUACGGGCUGAUAGUGGCGGGUCUGUGCGUGGCGGCAGUCGGCCUCUUCAUCAUGACUCAGGAGCGACCACACAUCUAUGCCACAAUAUGCGUCCUGGGUGUCGGCAUGGUGUGUGUCGGGACUGUGUGGAGCCUCUGCCAGUGCUAUCCCAAGGUCAUUUUCGCUCCUGAGAUUCAGGAGAAAAGUCUAGAGGAUCUAGUGUGUACUACAGCUCAAGCAAAAGAUGAAAGGCCUGCUGAGGCUCUGCCAGGUUUCUGUGGCCAAAAGUGGAGUAGCAGCAGACUUCUUCCCGAAGCCCUGAAGAGCCAGUGUCACAGCUGUCCCACGCUGCACCUGGUCUGAGGGAGGGACGCCAUCAUCAGAGGACUCGGCCCAAUCAACACACUCCACCACACUGCUCUCAGGACAGGGAAAAGAUCCUCUAAUUUUUCUGGUCUUUUACUAAAUGACAGCAGCCACCACACAUGGUGCUGUUUGAAUGUGUUUUUAUGGAAGUGACUGAUAAUGUAAUACUUCACUUUGUGUCAGUGUUAAGUUAAUAAAGCUGAAUGUGUAUUGUGU